AUGUCUACAACACAAAUAGUUGAUCCAACAAAUAUAAUAUGCGGAUUAAAGGCCGCAAUGACUGCCUUAGAAUGCUACCAUCAAAUGGAUUUGUUGAAACAAGCACAACAAGUGAAAGAGCCGAAGAAGUCACCCCCGCCUAUGUUCAUGAUGAUUCCAAUAGAAGAAAAGGAUGCUACAGUAUCGAAGAAAAAGUCACUUACUAAGUGUAAAACAAAUGUACCUGUGAAAGACGUAAAGAUUGCAAAGAAAGGCAUUUUGCAAACAAAACCCAGCGGGAAGGACAAUUGCAGUGAUUUGUCGGUUAAUUUAAAACUUCCUGAAAUGAGAGGUGGAAUUUUAUUCACAAGGUGCUACUGUGUGCACAGAGAUGGCCUUCAAGAUUCUUGUCCAUUGACCUCAUGUCAAGGACAAACCGACUGUCUAGUUAAACCGUGGCCGAUAUGUCCGCCCGCAAAAUUCCUCCGAUGUCAGUAUCCGCAACAGUUUCCACCAGAGAAAAAUUAA